AUGAUCGCCCCAAAUGUCUUGGUUGCAAUUGUUGGCUUUGCAGCCGGUGUUAUGGCCGGCCCUUGCAAGCCUUCGAAAAUGGCAACUGCCACCGGUACUACUUCGACGGACACUGUGGCUUCUUCAGCUCAGACUUCCUCAAUUGAUACCACUGCCAUCACCGGUACCGCUAUAACCACGACAGAAACUGCGACUACGACCAUCAGCCCGGCCGAAUCCGUUUGCCUCAAGAGUCCUGCUCCCGCUGGCAAGGCCUGUAACGCCCAGGGCAGUGGCGAAGGCAGAUUGGACUUUCUGGAUCAAGGUGAUGCAACAACGCUGGCGACUUGCCUCAAGUCUUGUCAAGACAAAGCAGGUUGUGUUGCGUUUGCCCUAAGUCCUGAUGAAGAUUGCACAUUAUGGGGAGGCAUAUUUACCGGUACAAGUAGUGAUCGUACGCCUUGGACUUGGUACGAUAUGGAUUGCUUCUGUGAUGAGACUUCAACCACCACAACUGGUUCGGCUACCGAGACGACAUCCACCGAGACUAUGACUACCGAACUGACAACUUCGUCUGCUGAGUUCACUUCAACCACUUCAACCAUGGCUGCUGCAACCACUACUGCAGCAGUAGUGGAUUCCUGCGUCAACAAUGAAAAGACACCCGUCCCAACCGACAAGGUCUGCAACAAACAUGGUUAUUACAAUGGCGAUUUGACAUAUAAGGACAACCCAGAUGCCAGGACGAUGGAGUCCUGCCGCCAAGCUUGUCGCGACAGCGACGGAUGUACUGUAUUUGCCUUUACUCCUGGUCAAUCGUGCUGGACUUACGGCGGUACCAUUGAUGGUAUUACUGAACAUCAGACGACUUACAGUUGGUAUGAAAUGGAAUGCUUCUGUGGCUUGGAUGAUGCCAUGGCUACGACAACUGCCGAGGCUACUACUACUACCGAUACCACUGCGGAUCCUCCGAUCUUUACUUAG